AAAGUUCUCCCGUCUUCUUUUCUGAUGAAUUUGAUGGUCAGAGAAACCCGACUACCUCCAUUGGUCUUCACCCUCCUUGCCUUCAUCAGCUUUGUGGCCAUACUGUACAGCUAUGAUUUCCCUUGGGCCUUCACGCCUUUUCAUCAUCAACAGCAAUUUCCGGCACUCAAUGACCCCCCUCCCUCUCUUGUUGAGUUGAAGCAUAAAAAGAGCGAGAAAAGGAAAGAGAUGAUCCUUCCAUUUGCAGUAGGGAAGACACCAGAAGAUUGUGAUAUAUUCAGUGGGAGGUGGGUUUGGAACGAGGAGAAACAGUCUAUGUAUGAGGAGUCAGAGUGCCCCUACAUUCUGCCACAGUUGACAUGCAAAGAACAUGGACGCCCUGACAAGGACUACCUGUUCUGGCACUGGCAACCUCAUGGCUGCGAUUUACCAAAAUUUAAUGCAACCUUAAUGUUGGAGGCCAUCCGGGGAAAGAGAAUGCUAUUUGUUGGCGAUUCCUUAAGCCGGGGUCAGUUUAUAUCCAUGGUCUGCCUUCUUCAUGGCAUGGUACCUGAAAAUGGCAAGUCCAUGAAAAGCUCUUAUGAUUCACUAUCAGUCUUCAAAUUAAAGGACUACAAUGCAACCAUUGAGUUCUACUGGGCUCCCUUACUGCUUGAGUCAAACGGAGAUGGUGUUGGUAAUGACAACGUAACAGAGAGGAUUGUACGCAAAGGGUCUAUGGAUAAGCACGGGAAAUUCUGGGAAGGAGCAGAUGUAGUGGUAUUCGGCACAUACAUCUGGUGGAUGACCAGCCUCAAGUUGAAGAUCUUGAAAGGGUCUUUCACGGAUUUUGAAAUUCUUGAAACAGAGGAUGCUUACCGGGUGGGUAUACAGAGCAUGUUGGAAUGGGCUGAGAGAAAAAUGGACCCAAAGAAGACCAGAGUUUUCUUCACUGGCAUGUCUCCGAGUCAUACAAGGAGUAUAAACUGGGGAGGUGAACCAGACGGCAACUGUUACAACGAAACAACUCCAAUAAAUGAUCCUGAUUAUAGCUGGGCUUUAAAUUCCCAUGAAAGCAUAAUGAACAUUAUCGAUGAAGAAUUCAGCAGAACAAGAGUACCCAUAUCAUUUCUCAACAUUACACAGCUUUCAAGUUAUCGAAAGGAUAUGCACACACAGAUUUACAAGCAGCAGUGGAGCCCCCCAACCCCAGAGCAGUUAGCAAACCCCAAGAGCUAUGCUGAUUGUGUGCAUUGGUGUUUGCCAGGCCUACAAGAUACUUGGAAUGAACUGCUCUUUGCAAAACUUUUCUACCCUUAAGCAAGAGCCAAAAAGAUUUGUUAUUUACUUUUUGUAAAUGCACUAGACCAAGAGUUGUUCCUAGAUGAAAUCCAAAGUCAUACAUACCGGAGGAUGUAAUAAGAAUGAAUUUUUUGUAUAUAAACAAUCAUUUGAUGUAAAGAACUACACAAACAUUGGAAUACGGAGUAAUAGACAUGAAAUUUAGUACUUUUUAU